AUGAGAAUUGAAGAUACUAGCUAUGGCAAUAGCAAGCAUCUUGGAUCAAUCUACAACCGCCUACAAGCCCUUGAAGGAUCAUCUCAUGCCAAUUACAAGAGAGAGAGGAGUCCAACACCCAACCACCCUCCCUUUUAUUGCAAUGCCAUCACAAGAAGAAGCACUCACCAAGUCCAUGAGGACAAUGAAGAAGAAGAAAGAGAGUAUGAGGAACAACUGAAUGAUGAAGAUGAAGAGCAGAGCAUCGACAUCAAUGCUUCUCCAAAACAGAGCAUGGAUACACCUAGCCCUAGACCCUCGUUUCUCACCAACACCAGAAGUCAAGCUUCUACACUUCCAAGAUUGGAAGCAAUGCAAAGACCAUCACCACCUACUGAAGAAGAAGAUACUUGGCAGUAUGAUCCCAUUGAUCCCAACAAGAUAAGCCCCAUGAAGCUUAAAGAGUUCAAUGCUAAGGUGAAAUCACUUCCAUUCUAUGUCACUUUUGAAGAAGCUUGGGAUAAACAUGUCAAUCAACCAUCAUCACCACCAUCAUCACCACCACCAAGUGGUAUGUCAAUUCCAUAUCAAGAGAGAAGCUUGCUGAGUUCAAUCAGUUUGUCCAAACUCUUCCAGCCAGCAUGUCUUUCCAACAAGCUUGGCGCCACUACCCAUUCACCACCUUCUUCCACAACUGCAAGAGAGACACCUGAGGACAUCAAAGAGCUUUUUGAGAAAGCUAAAGUUCAGCCUACCUUCAAGACCCUCUACAAGAUUGAAGACCCAGGUCAAUUCUCUAUUCCCUGUCAAGUAAAUGGUCAUUACUUUGAUAGAACACUAUGCGAUUCUGGCUCUUGCAUAAACCUCAUGCCAACCCAAACCGCCAAACUCCUUGGCAUCACACGCUUGCAACCUGCUCAAAUUAGUAUUGGACUUGCUAACCAUACUAUAGCCAAGCCAAGAGGAGUUGUUGUUGAUGUUCUUCUAGAGAUUGGAGAUAUCAAGAUCCCGGUGGACUUUCAUGUCAUAAACAUUCAAGGAGGAUGUGACACACCAUUGAUACUAGGCCGACCCUUUUUGGCCACUGCUGGAGCUGUCAUGGACCUUCCAAACCGGCGAAUGUCCUUAGCCAAUGUUGACAAGACAGUCUUUUACAAGACCAUACCAUUCAUCUCACCAAACAAGCUGUCUUACCUCAUCACUGCCCAAGGCCGCCCAAGAGAGCCACCAGACCACACUCAAGGUCACAAUGAGACAAGAACUAAAAGACUAUGUCUCAGGCCGUGCCCUUACCCCAUCUCCAACUAA